GUUCAUGUUGGCAGAUGAUCAAUGUUUGAAGAUGGUUUCUGAUCCGUUUGGUUUGGAUGAGAUUUCUCCAUCAGGACGUGAGCUGGUGAAAUGCUGUGGUGAGGGUCAGAGGUCGGGCUGAGGGAACCAGUCUCACUUCCUGUUGAGCGCGUGAGUCAUCAGAUCGUCUGUUUACGACAUCACCAACUCGUGAAACAGGAAGUGAAGAGCACUUCUCUCCGAGGAAGACGAGUGGGCACACAGGGUGUCGGGUGAGGUCUCGUGGUGAUGGUGGUGCUGGUGGUGAUGAUGAUGAUGGUCUGUGCUGAGGCUCUGCAGGUGAAGGUGACGCUGGGUCAGAACGUGACGUUGACCUGCUCUGGGAACGCUUCCUACUGGAGCAUGGAGAUCCACAGUCAGCUGACCUGCUGCAUCGGUCACAUCUUGAGGGAUUCUGCUGCUUCCUUCAGCUGCUCCAGCUUCGGGUCCAAGUUCUCUCUGCUCAGGAACUCUCUGACCAUCUCACACGUCGGCGCUGACGACUGCAGACGCUACUUCUGCUCCAGGAAGAGCGACGGCAGCAUCGUUCUCGUCGACAGCUUCCAACUCGUCUCAGAUGUCGUGUCCACGACGUCCUCCAACAUGUCUGAAGCGCUGUGGACGAACAGUCCCGCGAUGUUAGCAUCUCUCAGCCUGAACAUCGUCUUCAUAGUUACGAUAGGUGUGAUUGGCUCGUGGAUUUGUUUGAAGAACAGAUUGUGCGUGAAAGGCCGUUCACCUGUCGCUCACACGCCAGAGACUCCACAGUAUGAGGAGAUCCAGUUUUACUCCUCAGUUCUUCCACCUGCUGCUCCAGAGUGUGUUUACUACAAAGCUCAGCUUCCUGCUCCACACUGACCGUCUGU